UCCGCUCUACCUGUACAUUUUGAGUAUUUAAAUCGCAACCGUAGCCCGGAAGAAUUUAGUUGAGAUACUUGGCUUUCCCGGAGCACAUCUUACAGAAAAUGCAUAACUUGUUGACUCAGUUGAAUAAUUGCGGCGAGCUGAUUGCAGAAGGGUAUAGCAGCACCGGCAACAUCGGCUGGUUGAACGAGUUCUGCGCCACAUUCUUGGACUUUGCCAGCGACCUGAAGGCCACAUUGCCGGAGGUGGCUCCCAGCGGCGCGAACCUGGACGUGGAGACCAUCUUCCUGUGCCUCACCCAGGUGGUCACAUGCAUAACCCACUUAGAAAGGACCAUCAACAUGGAGGCGCCGCAGAUGACCAGGCAGCACUUUCUCGACCGCUUGGACUGGUGUCUUCGCAGGCUCCUGGUAUCCUUAACGCGCCUGGAAAGCUGCGCAGGGAGAAAAAAUCUUGAGGAUUACUCGUUUGUGGAGCUAAUGGAUUUGGCUCUGGAUCACCUGGAUAACUACAUGGAGAAGCUGGCUAAGAGGAGCAACAGCUCACUGCACAUUCUGGAGGAGAGCUUCGCGGAGGACAGCUUCCAGCUGGCCAGCAUAGUGAACCACAUAGUGCGCCAUGCCCUCGCCUUUGCGAACGUGGCCGUUACGUCGGACAAGAAGGCUCUGACUGCUCUGUGUGAGACUUUGCUCAGCGAGUGUGCCACUUUUCACGAGGAGGCAGGUGAACCCAAUAAUGGCCAUCGCAAGCUGGAGGCUCUCUCCUUGGAGCGGGCUCUGUAUGCUUUGGAAUCAUUCCUAAACGAGGCCCUGCUCCACCUGCUCUUUGUCAGCCUUAUCGAACUGGAGAACACUUCUGUGGGCAAGCUAAAGGAAGCCUUGCAAAAAGAUGCUGACGGGGCCAAGGAUUUGAUCUCCACCUUCGAUACCAAUAUGGACCGCAUCCAACAAAUUGGAGUGCUGGCCAUAGCUUUUUCACAGGACAUCAAAACUAAGACGAUCGUGAGAAGUUGCCUGGCUUCUUUGGAAUCCCUGGAUGCCUUUAUUGUGCCAGCUCUCCAGUUGCCGGAAUCCGUUUUAUCAUCACACCAUGCUAAAGUCCUCGAGGACCACUUCAACCAGGAACUGUUGAUCUUCCGAAACGUAAUCCACGAAAUCAUUGACAGCUGCUCACUGAUCAAUAACUACCUGGACAUGUUGGGCGAGAGCAUCCAGGUUCAGGAUAGGAGUCGUUAUAUUGUGAUUGUACAGAGGGGAAAUGUUUUAUUGGAGCACUUUCGGCUUCCCGUCAACUAUUCGGGGCUCAGUGAAGAUGGCAAGCGGGUGCACAAGGAUCUCACCCUGAUCCUAAGGGAGUGUCACGCAGUUGUUAACCUUGACAUCCCUGUGGACCACAGGCGCAUCAUAAAGCGUCUUAAGAUAUUGUAUUCUGUUCUGGCCAAGCUAAGGGACGUGAUAAGCAACGAUACUCUUGAACCCGAUUGCUCAAUAGGCUCCCGAGCACCAAUAUCUUGCAAUGCUACCCGAACUUUUGUGCGAAGCAGUCAAUCAGUGGCUAAAAGACAUCGAUCUUUUGUAAAGCAAAGCGGAAAUUGCUCUGUUUUUGGCCCGCAGGACACUAUUGUGGAAGCCAUUAGCAAUGAUAGCGACCUUAUCAGUUUUCAAAUAACAGAAAUCCUUAGGAUAGAUUGAGCACGCGCACCGAAAUUUUUCUUUAAGAAAUAAUUUUGCAGACAUAACUAAUUGUUAAUGAAGGUUUUAUCAUUAACUAUUAGUUUGUCUAAAAAUGUAUAUUAAUACAUAUUUGUAAAGUUUUAAACACAAUUACUUUGAUAAAAUAAAAAAGUAAACCUAAUACAAUCACCUAGGCAUAUUAAUAAAAUGACUGUACCAAAAUCUUCAAAUAAAUGUAUGAGCUGUGCAUAAAAAUGAAUAAAAUAUAAUUUCAAAAAACAUAAUGAGACAUUUUUCUAAACCUCAUAGUUUUUGACAAAUAUUUAAGUUUAAUCGAAAAAUUUAAUAAUUUAAAAGAUUUAAUACAACUUUCGAAUAAAAUUGUCCUACAUUU